AUGUCGAACGCGGGCGCCAGCAUGUACGGCAGCAGGCCGAGUGAGGACGCUGGACUGCUGACGAAUGAGCGACGACGACGAGGGAUCCCGCUCGCGCUGCAAGGAGCGAUCGUGAUGGCGUUCGGUUUAAGUAUCGCGUACCUGAUGUAUAAGCUCACGACGGAGGACGACGACGAGUUGAAGGUGGUCCACGCGCGCGAAACAAGUGAUUUCCCGUGA